AUGAAGAAGGAGUAUCACGGAUUGUGGUGCAUGCCAAGGUUGGAUCAUCUCUGGAAGACACUUCAACAGUGCGUUGAGUCAUAUCAAUCGUUGGAGGAGACACAGAAGGAGGUCAGUGAUCACUUUGAACAACUGUUCAAACUGUUGAUGGCACAGGAACACAAGAUCAAGACACCAAUCAAUGUUCAAAUGUCCCACAUUCAAUCAACAAUCAACGACAUCAUCAAUGAGAUCAAUGAUCUCAAUCACAUCCUCAACAUGUCACAUCCAGUUGAUAGCAACGACAACGAGGAUCGGGACGUCCCAAGAGUGAUCCAAUCGAUCCAAUCAUGUUCAACGAUCAAUCAGUUCAUCAACACAUUGUCAUCAACUCAAUCAUUACAACAAUCGGACAGUAUCAGUGCACUCAGUGACAAUGAACUGAUGAAGAUGAUCAAGAAUCACAAUCAUCUCAUGGAUGAUGUGCAGUAUGAUAUGGCUAAACUCAAAGCUCAAUUGAUCAUUACCGACAUUAUCAUGGUGAAUGAAAUCAAGGAGAAGAUUCAAUCAUGCUUUGAUCUCGUUGAGCCUGUCCAACAUGUGACCGAUCAUCCAUUCAACCAUCACAUCAUCUCAUUGAACGACAAUGGAUUCUCACUGUUCUCGCUGGAGACAUCCAAAUGGAGUUCAAGCCACAGUAUUGUCUUAAACUGGAAGAUCAAUCCCAUGUCCACGUCAGUUGUGUACGCACGUGGCCAUGUAUACCUGUUUGGCGGCAUCGAAUUAACUAGAUACACCCGCAUCUCACUCGAUGACAACAAUCAAUGUUAUGAUGCCGAGAUCGUUGGUGUCAGUGGUGGACGUUGCAUAUCGACAUGCUACGAUGGCGAAAAGUACAUCUAUCUGGUCGGUGGCAGUCUGGACGAUCAGGUGUUGGACCGCGUCGAUCGCUUCAACAUCGAUAGGCUCAAGUUUGAUCAUGUUGGAAUAUACCCAAAAGAAGGCGAAUGCUACAACAAAUACGCGUACUACCAUAACAACAAGCUAUACCUUGUCAAUAACUAUGAAGAGGCCAGAGGAAUGGUCUUCAAGCUCCUCUCGUUCGACCUGCUGACUGGUGUCACUGAGGUUCUGCACGACAACAAGACAUCAAGUUCGGGGGCAUGUUGUUUCGAUGGCGUUGACAACAUCUAUGUCAGACCGACGAUGAAUUCAUUCGAUAUAGGUUGUCGAGCAAGUUGGUGA